AUUCCUCAUGCGACUACAGUCGCUUCAACAUACGAGGAGUAAUGCAAGGAGUUUUUCCUACAACCUAGAUUUUUCUGCCGUGCACAGAAUUUUUCAAAUAAGGUGUGAGUCCCAUUUUGUGUACAGGCCGGUAAAGGUCUUCUUUCGGUGGAACGAUCUGACUUAUUUGUGGAGCGACCUGACUUUUUUGUGGAACUGCCAAAUACUGUGGAACGAUCUGACUUGGAUCGAUCUGACUUCGAUAGAUCUGACCUUUCUUGUGUUUUGGUUAGUAAUUCUGCUGGCGUCUUUUCGGCUACUUUUUCUUGUGCUUUGAAAUAAAAAUGUCUGACGUAUUUCCUCUGGGAGACUCACCCAGAGAGUUAAACAACGACUAUAUCUUGCAUAUAUUGGAAUACCCUCUAGGGCCAAAGCGGUUUGGAGUCUGUGUACAGCAUAAAUAUGAUGAUGCAUCAACUUCAUUUAAGACUGUGACAACUAGGACUGGAACAUUUGAGAAGUUUAGUAGUGAAUUCUCAUGGCACCCACCUUCAACGAAACUGAAACUGAGUGUGGAGUCAGGAGAUUGGAAAAAUAACGACAUAAAAGUGAUUGAAAAAAGUAAGCUAGACCAGAGUACCUUACCAGAAGAAUACACGUUCAAUCCUCCAAUGAACAUCGGACCAACGAUGGCAUUAGAGGUCAAGCUUAUUAACGAAGACGACAAGCCUAUACUGGACACUGGACCAGUGGUUAUCAAUUUUGCAGAGCCUGUAAGGUUCACGGAAACGAGGCCAGCGGAAGAACACCCCGCUGACGACAACAUGGCCAAAUCAACAGAUAAAGAAGACUAAUCUUCUUUUCCUGAGGGUUUGGAGGGAGGGCUUAUUCAAUUUUAAGAUAUCUUUGAGACGUAGAAUACUCUAGGGUGGGGGGUGGGGAGGGAACUCCUAUAUGAAAAUGACGGGGGUGCUCGUCGUACCUCUUAGGGUGUUCAGCCUUAAGAGGUUCUCAGCGGAAGCUUUUGCGGGACCUUUUAGGGUAUUGAGCAGAAAAAUUAUGACAGGAGAUAAUGAGUUAUUUAAAGAUUGGUACACAAAGUACCACAAAGUACGAUCUUGGUACCUCUUAGGGGUUCUUUUCAAAAUUUCGGACGAGCAACGCCGUCCUUUUCUAUCAGAGUCCUCCUCCCCCCAAAACCGGGAGAACUAUCAAUUAUCACAUUAAAAUCUACCGAGGGAUGAACCAGAGGUACCCAACGGAUUGUUUCGAUUGUUUCGAUUGUUUCGGUAAAUUAUCAGUUCGAAAGGCUUUUAAUACCCUGCGAUUUUCUUAGAGAAUUGUCACCUCGAACUAUCGUGAUAGGGGAAUUCGAAAUUUAUUUUCCAGAUAGCCUAAAACAGCGUUUGAAAUCAUUUGAGAGAAAACCGUCGUUGGGUACCCUUGAUGAACGAACAACUACUUCCCGGGCGGGAAGUGAGGGGAGGGUACACUACAAAGGUUUUAUACGGGGAGGCUCCACUCUGAGGUCCAACCCCUUACCCUUUUGUAUACCAUUUUGAAAGAAAAGAUUCCCCUUUAGAGUGCCUUUUAUUGAAAAAGGCACCCCUUCCAUAUACCUACUUACGAACACUGCAUUGCGAAAAUGUCUUCUUGUCAUUUUCUGGCAGUGCUUAAUAAAUACAGCCGUAAGGUG